CCGCAGUGAAGGGAAGGAGCCCUCGCGGGCCCUCCUCGCUGGAGCCCUGCUAGAGCCAGCCGCACAGCCUGGGCAUGCCGCUGGCGGAGCGCAGCGACUAGGCAGCUGUGGGUGAGCCGAAGGUCUGCUCAGGGUGUUCGAGCCCAGCCUCGACUACGUCCUGAGCACCUCCAGCCUCGGAGGUGGAGUGGACUCCAGCCCUGGAGUGGAGUCAGCCCUCCUGCACUGUCUGCUGGAACAACCACAAAUCCAAUCUGGGAUUUUUCUGAGCAAACCAGAGCCGAGAGGUUGCUCUUCUGAUGCUGGAUUUAAUUCGUAUAUCUUUUGAGGGAGUUGGGCCUCUCCCCCAUUGAUUUUUGAUCUCCGUUUUCGUGACAGUUCCGCACACCUGCGUUCUAAUUCUUGUGGCUUUGGUCUGCUGUGCCCCCGUGGCUCCUUGACCCGCAAGUGAAGAGAGGACACCGACGCACAGAGCUUGGGGCGAUGUACCAAAGCCUGGCCAUGGCCGCCAACCACGGCCCCCCGCCCGGCGCCUACGAGGCGGGCGGCCCGGGCGCCUUCAUGCACGGCGCGGGCGCCGCGUCCUCGCCGGUCUACGUGCCCACGCCGCGGGUGCCGUCCUCCGUGCUAGGCCUGUCGUACCUGCAGGGCGGAGGAGGGGGCGCUGCCUCCGGAGCCGCCUCAGGUGGCAGCUCCGGGGCCGCCCCAUCGGGUGCAGGGCCCGGGACCCAGCAGGGCAGCCCGGGCUGGAGCCAGGCUGGAGCCGAGGGAGCCGCCUACACCCCGCCGCCUGUGUCCCCCCGCUUCUCCUUCCCCGGGACCACUGGGUCCCUGGCUGCCGCAGCCGCUGCCGCCGCCGCCCGGGAAGCCGCAGCCUACAGCACAGGCGGCGGGUCUGCUGGAGCGGGCCUGGCCGGCCGAGAGCAGUAUGGGCGUCCGGGCUUCGCGGGCUCCUACUCUAGCCCCUACCCGGCCUACAUGGCCGACGUGGGUGCGUCCUGGGCCGCGGCCGCCGCCGCCUCUGCAGGCCCCUUCGACAGCCCAGUCCUGCACAGCCUGCCCGGACGGGCCAACCCUGCGCGACACCCCAAUCUCGAUAUGUUUGAUGACUUCUCAGAAGGCAGAGAGUGUGUCAAUUGUGGGGCCAUGUCCACCCCACUCUGGAGGCGAGAUGGGACAGGACACUACCUGUGCAAUGCCUGUGGCCUCUACCACAAGAUGAACGGCAUCAACCGACCCCUCAUUAAGCCUCAGCGCCGGCUGGUACCCAGGCCUCUUGCAAUGCGGAAGGAGGGAAUUCAAACCAGAAAACGAAAGCCCAAGAACCUGAAUAAAUCUAAGACAACAGCAGGUCCUCCUGGUGAGAGCCUCCCUCCCACCAGCAAUGCCUCCAGCAACUCCAGCAACGCCACCACCACCAGCAGCAGCAGCAGCAGUGAAGAGAUGCGCCCCAUCAAGACAGAGCCUGGGCUGUCAUCUCACUAUGGGCACAGUACCUCCAUAUCCCAGGCAUUCUCUGUCAGUACUGUGUCCGGCCACGGGCCCUCCAUCCAUCCAGUGCUGUCGGCCCUGAAGCUCUCCCCACAAGGCUAUGCAUCUCCUGUCACUCAGACAUCACAGGCCAGCUCCAAGCAGGACUCUUGGAACAGCCUGGUCCUGGCUGACAGUCAUGGGGACAUAAUUACCGCGUAAUCAUCCCCUCUCCCUCUUCAAAUUCCUGCUCGGACUUGGGACCUAGGGGCCAGCAAAGUCUGCGGCUGGGGCACGUUGGCCAGCCCCUUUGUCUGGGAACAACUCCCGAAGAACAACUGGGUAGAACUUGAAGUUGUUGACAAUCGCUUAGGGAUGUGGGUGCUGGGUUUCUUCAGACACCUUUUCCAGGUGGAGCGCUGGAAAGAGCCUGCAUUCUUAGAGACGAGCCCACCUUCCUUGUGAGCGCAGCACAGUGAGGCUCUUCAAUGUAGCAGGAGACUUCUUUCUCAUUCUCCACCUGCCUGUCCAGGACAGAGACAUAAUCUCCUUCACCCAACCCUUCACCCCAGUGGUUCUAGGUAGUGGGUUUUUUCUUGUGCUCCUAGGGUGGCUGUAGGGGCCCCGGGCUUCCAGACACCGUCUACAGCCUGAGCAGGGUGUCUACCUGAUGUGGACUGGAUGCGGCAGCCCUGCCCUUGUCCAACACUCCCCUUGAGGCAUGGCGUGUCCCUGCAUGCCCCAUACCAGAUCUGACUCCAAAAGUGCUGGAUGCGAUGCAGAUGUUACUGAGUGCUCCCUGGGGAGAUGGUGGAGAAGGCCCCUCACACAGGAUGUUCAUCCAAUCACAGCCCAGCAGUGGUGCCUUCCCUUCCUUCUCCCAGGAACUCCAACAUUAAACCCAUUGCUUUCCAGCCUGAAUAUCUCCUACCCCCUGCAAAGCUAGAGCUCAGUUGUGUACCAGGCUAGAGCCACUUGGUGCUGCUUCUAGCAUCCCUUUUCAUGCCGCCACACCCACACAGGGGUUCCACGGAGGGACAAAGCCUGCCACCAAAGCAGGUUGGUGACUGCACUCAUCUGUGCCUUGGGUCCCUCUGGAGGUUGUGUCUACAGCACAGUCCCGUUCCCAGGACUCCAGCUUGCUUGCUCUGAGCCUGCCAAGCCAUGGCCUCUCAAGUCAGUUACCUGGAUCUGGGCCUUUCUCCAGCACAGAUCCUUUGUCUAGGAAAUACAGAGUGUUUGCAACAUAAAUUCAAAGCAGAAACAACAAAAAGAAAUUUGUGAAAGGACAAAGGUGAUGGAUGGAAGAUGUCUCUGGGCCUGAUGGGAUUGCCAUGCUUAUAACUGUCCUAGAAUUGGCCUUCUCCCUCUCCCAUUACUGGGGCCCCCAAAGAUUCUUCCUUGUCCUCAUCACCCACAGAGCUGUAGCCAACUAUGGCAUUACCCCAUUGUUCCCCAAACUCCCAGCCCCUACCCCUAAACCUUACCGGCCGUAGCAGAGAAUAGCUUUGAACCAAGAUUCUGUUGUAAUCAUCAUUUACACUGUGUUCUUCCUCAAGGCUGCCCUCCCAUGCCUCCCCGCCUCCACAACCUGUUAACAUUGUCUUAAGGUGAAAUGGCUGUAAAAUCAGUAUUUAACUAAUAAAUUUAUCUGUAUUCCUCUUUC